CGUGUGUCUGUGGCUCAACGCCUGGGCGCCGCGUCCAGUGCCACCAGUGCCACCGCGGCCCCCGCGGCCUCCACUUCUGGUCGACGUGUGUCUACGGCUCAACGCCUGGGCGCCUCCCUCUCCAAGCAGGCCAAGAAGGCCGCUGAGGUCAGGGCCGCCCCCUUCAAGGGGUCAUCCAACAAGAGGCCCCCGGGGGCCCCCACCAGACCUCCCUCUGAGCCCGCACACCGCCCCGUCAAGGAGAGGCUGGGGGCCGCGCCAGGCUGCUUCAAUGCUCUGUGCAGCACGUGGCUACUAGGCUCUGGAGCGAUUCCAAGUGACUACUCUGUGGGUCGUGGUGCGAACCGGUUCGUGUUCGUAGUCACCGUCACGAGCUCAGCCAGAGACGUUGCCACGAUGGGUCAUCGCGCUGUGUUCAUACUCGCGUUCGAGCUGCUCGUCGCAGCGGCCGCACAGGUGCACGGAGGUGCGCCGGCCGCAGGGCAGCUCGCUCCCAGCCGUCUGGUCCCUUGGCCAUCGUGGAUCGGGACCUGGCUUGCCGACGCGGCGGACGAGGCGGACAUCCACCCCGAGGAUCGACAGUGCGCUGCGGAUAGCCGCCUGGUCAUGGAACAUUUUCACAACCACUCGGCUUGGGCCGCGAGAAUGCUGGACGCCAGCAGCGCGGGCCCUUCGCCGGGCCUGCUGCGCGGCGUGACGGACAGCCUGGGCGACUUCGACGAGUGCCUGGGCUUGGCCUGGCCGCACGCCACCGCUGCACCCGUGGAGCCGCAGUACUGCCUGGUGACGCUGCGCACCGACCCCUUCCGCCCCUCCACCGCCUCGGGGACCGCAGCCUGGGGCACCGUGAAUCACGUGGGCCCCUACGCCAACGUCCACGCCAUGAUGAAGGGCCACGGGCAGCACCGUGCCGUGGUCCCGCUGGGCAGGCUGCGCUUCGGCGUGUGCCUGCCGGCGUCCUGCUCCGCCGAGGCCGUGAACCGUGCGGCGCGGCGCCAUCCCCAGUCGGACGGGGACGUGCGCUGGGCCGCGGCGGUGGAGCACCCUAAGUUCUGCACCCGCCGCCACCACGUCACGGACGGCAGCAGCACCAGGAUGGUCCUCGCGGGUGUAACAGUGCUCAUUGCUUUGUUGGUCCUCGCUGGCAGCAUCAUUGAUCUAAAUGUUGUAGCUGGCCUGAAGAAAGUCCAAGGGCUGCAAGGUCUGUCUGCUUUUGCUAUGCGCCGCCAAUGGGCUGAUCUGACGCAGCCCGCCGAAAGAGACUCGAUCCCUGGAUUGUCGGGGCUCAAGACAUACAUGUGCGUGGGCGUCGUCGUCUUCCAUCACUUCCUGGUGCAAGAGGGCCUCUCCGUGGGGGCCAACUCGUUCGCCGCACCGGCGGACGGAAGUCCUCCUCUUCUGGUCACGUGGAUUCAGGACAGCAUUCACAACGGGAUGGUGCACUUCUUUUUCUUCUCCGGCUACCUGAUGGUGCGCGCAGGGCACGAUGCACGCCUUCUUGCACCACUCCGACGAGCGAUUAGGUUUCUGCCUCUGCUGGCGGCCAUGACGCUGGUGCAGGCUGUGGUCUUGCCCGCGUGGAGCAGCGGCCCGGCGUGGCGGUGGCGUAUGGACUUCGAACGGGAUGACUGCCGGGCGGCGUGGUGGCGCACCCUCCUGUAUAUCAACAACUUCGGGCCGAGGGGGCCGCCCACGUGUGUACUCCAGCUGUGGUCUAUGGCAGUGGACUUGCAGUGUUUCACCGCGUGCCAGUUGAGCAUGUGGCUAUGGUCGCGGUGGAAGGGAUUGGGACGGUCUCCGAAGCCGAUUCAGGGAGGUGCUGAUAAGUCAACAUCGUCGCCCCAAGGCAGCCAAGAUGUCAAAGGCCGGUCCACAGGAGCAUGGUCGAGCGGGGAGCUGCUCGGCGCUUCUCUGGCUGUGGCUCUAACAUUAGUCGUGCGUGUAGGCAUGGGAGUCUACUACAAGUGGCCUCUGGUGCUUCCCAUGAAUCAUGUCUCAGCGGCACAUUUGGAGAACGCCCCGGAACUGUUCGGACCCCACACGCCCAUGAGCAAUUAUCUUUUGUCUUACGUUCUCGGUGGUGUCACCGCAAUUCUCGUGAAACCACUCUAUCAAGACUCAAACUCAACGAAAAUAAGCAAGACCGUGGGCAACGUAGGCUUCGCCCUCCUGUGGGUGCUCAUGAUCUGGCGGGGCGUUGUUUCCUACGAGGCCUGGCGCGAUGCAGUCAAUCUUGGACCGGUGCAGGACUCUCUAGCCUCUACGCUGCGACAGGUGCUGACUUGUCUCAUUGCGGCCGCCCAAGUUAUCUUGCUCGAGCCACGGUUCACUAGACUGAAUGUUUGGCAGUGGGUUUUAGGUCAGAGACUGCUGGUGGUGCUUCAUCGCCUCACUCCGCUCGUGUACCUCGUGCACAUGCUGCCCAUAAUGACCACUGCUUUGACUGCGAGAGGCCCCGUGCAGCAAGACACUUCAUCUUUGAUUUCUGGUGCAGCCACCAUAGUGGUGCAGUCCUUCAUCUUGGCCGUGGUGGCCCAGCUGGCUUUGCUGGGUCCGCUCACCAGUCUUCUUCACUCCUGGGCACGUCCGCGAAGCACUGAUAAUCUCAGCGCCAACUGCGGAAAAAACGGCGAGAAGCGCUCUGAUUAGACAUAGAACGCCUAUGUUCGUCUUUCCAAUGUCACUGUUCUCAUAAUGACUUUUAUGUUCAUUUAACCCUUGGCUACACUGUUAAAAAAAAUGUUGUAAAUUAACAACACUUGCGCUGUUAAGUUUGAUAGACACACGUCUUGUUUUAUUACAUGCAUGUUGUAGCCCUCGGUGCUGUUUUCUGAUAAUUCGAUUGUAAUAAAACAAUUCUUC